AUGAAGAACUCUUUAUACUUUGUAUCAUCUGAAAAACAAUCUUUUUGGAAUAAAAAUUUGAAGUCUUUGGUUAAUUAUGAUUUUCAAAAAUUGUCUGAGGAUCAAUAAACAAUAGUUUUAUUUAAACAAGGAUAAUUACUAAAGAGAACAACUCCAAGAAGAUAUAAGAUUUAUGAUUAACAUCUAUUUUAUUUUUAAGUGGUAAGUUUUUAUAUUUUAUUAGUCAUUUAUUAAAGAAUGGUGAGAUUGGAGGCUUUCUAGUUCUUAAAAAUGUAUAUUGUUCAUUUAGAAAUAAAGAAAACUAAUUAAUAAUCAGUUUGUCACAUGAUUAAUCAUAAUUACAGUUAUUUACUACCAAUAGAACAGAAGAAGUAGAAAACUUUAUAAAUGAAUUGAAGUCAAAUUGUAUAUAAGAAUAGAUGUUAAUAAAUUUUUACAAAAUCAAUGAAAAAAUAGGUGAAGGAAUAACAUGUGAGGUAUUUUAAAUAAAUAAUCUUGAAGGUGUUUUUAGGGAGUAAUAUAAAUAAUGAUAAAUUUGCAAUAAAAAAAAUAGCAAAAGCACCGAUUGGACAUAAAAUGAGAGAUAAAUAGGCUAAGAGUUUAGCAGAGGAAAUCUACAUAAUGAGAAGUUUAAAUAAUCAAAAUAUUCCAAAAUUAUAUGAGGUAUUUGAAAAUGAUGGUAUCUUAUUUAUUAUAAAUAAAAAUAAGAUUACAUAGAGUUAGUAAUGACUUAUUAUGAAGGUGGCCAUUUAUAUGAAAAGUUAUAAUAUUUCAGUCUGUCUCAAAGAUAACGAUUAGUUAAAGAUAUUCUAGAAACUAUGAAUUAUGUUCACUCUUAAUAAAUUAUGCAUAGAGAUUUAAAACCAUAAAAUAUUAUGUAUAAAGAUAAGGAUCCAAAAAGUAUAGAUAUAGCAAUUAUUGAUUUUGGAUUUGCAACAAACUAAAAAUAUUAAGAACAUGUGCUUUACAAUUGUGGUACUCAUGGUUAUGCAGCUCCAGAAGUAUAAGAAUAUAAAGAAAAAUAAAAAAUGUAUACAACUUAAUGUGAUGUUUACAGUUUAGGAAUCAUUAUUUAUGAAAUGUAAUUCUAUAUUUAUUAUUUAGAUUCUUUGGAGUCCAUCCAUAUAGAAAUUCUAAUCCUGGAACACUUACUUUUAAUGAUAAAGUUAAAGUUCCAUAAUCAUUAAAAAAUCUUUUAAUUUAAAUGACUAGAAUCUAACCAAAAUAAAGGUUUACUCUGAAAGAAUGUUUAGAUUAAGACUUUUUUAAAGAGAAUUUCGAAUAUUAAUCUUUGGAUGGCUUGUCUAAGUACAGUUUGGUCGAUUCUAUUUAUUUUAAAUCUCUUAAUAUUUCAAGAAAGAAUUCUCUUGAUCACUCUUUAAAAUAAGAAAAAAAUAGUAAAUUUGAAUCAGCUAAAAACAAGACUGUUAAUUCUACUGCUGCAGAAUCUAAAAAUCUAUUAUAAAAGAGUUUAAAUCCAUUUGAUCAAUAAUUCCAAGAUGAUCUCUAAUUUAAUGAGUAUCAUAAUUGUCCUAAUGACUUUAAUAAUCUUCUCCAUAAAAGAAUAUGA